CGUUUCCAUGUGGGCAACCGGAUAGAGAAGCCAACGUGGUUCCACACGGAGCUGUGUGACGGUGUUUGUGCUUUCUAGCUGCUGGUGCGUCUUACAAAUUAUUAAGAUGACUGAGAGUAAGACGGAAUCGGCCGCUAAGCCGAGGGAACAACUACUGGCGUUGAACCCGGAACAAGAUUCAGAGUUUAAGAAGAAGGUGCAGGAGGCGAAGAAAAAGAACACGAACGUGGGGGACCGGUUGAGCCCAGGAGUGGUCUAUGUGGGCCACCUGCCCCUGGGGCUGUUCGAACCCGACCUUAAGACUUACUUCGAGCAGUUCGGGAAGGUCCUGAGACUGCGGCUGUCCAGGAGUAAAAAGACAGGUGGAAGCAAAGGCUAUGCAUUUGUGGAGUUUGAAUGUGAUGAAGUAGCCAAGAUUGUUGCAGAAACUAUGAACAAUUAUCUCAUGGGAGAGAGACUUCUCAAAUGUCACAUUAUGGCACCAGAGAACGUGCACGAGAAGCUGUUUGUUGGCUCACAGGCGCACUUUAAAAAGCCUGUGUAUCCCGCCGUGGCACGCUACAACAAAAAACACUCAGCAGAACGGGUCAAGAAGAUGCAGGACAAACUCUUACGGAAGGAGGCAAAGCUCCGUAAGAGGCUUGCAGCACAUGGCAUCGAUUACGACUUCCCAGGAUUUGCUGCACAGGUGUCUCAAAAGAAAAAGUCCUGUGACUCAAUGAAUGCAUCUACAUGUAGUGACACCACUCCCAUAUGCACACCCUCUCUCCUGGAGAGGAGGAAGUCCAUGGUCGUUAAUGAUGAUGCUGAUGGUGAGAUUGUCAUUAAGUUACCGACUGCAGACAAAGAUGGCUCUUCAGAGGAGGAGGAGGAGGAGGAUAAAAAUAAAGAGAGUGAGGAAUCCAAUGAAGAAGAGGCAGAGUAAAAGGCUUGUCUGUUGUAUUGUGAACUUUUUACUGUGAGAGCACACUCAGGAUAAUGGGGUCUUCUGCUUUGAGAGCAAUGGGACAGCCACAAUCAGAAGUAAAAGUCUGUUUAUUAUGUGGGUGUUGCAUUAUAAUUCAGAGAAGUAUCCAAAUGCAAUUGUCGUUGGAUGAUGUGAUGAGCCCAGUGCAUGGGCCUGGACUGUUUGAAAGGAAAUGUUCUGUGUGAGUCUUGAAGCCAGCUGUGUUUUGUUUUUGUUUUUUUUGCCAUGUGCUUGUGUUGUAAAAAUAACAUCAAAUGCUUGUGAAAUAGGUGGUUCAAUUAAUUAAACUAGCUAAGCUAUCUUUAUAAAUAAAUGUAAGAAUUUAAAUUUAGGAAAGAGAAAAGCAAAAUAUGAUUAAUACUUAACCUGUAACUUAAGUAAGGAGCUGUAGUCAUUUUUCACUGAUGUGAAUUAAAAAUAAUCAUGGCUUAAUUACUGUUAAUUACAAUUGUUAGUUAAUUACAAGCAUCUACUACAUGUAAAUAAUUGAGUUUCAGUGUGUGUUAUACUGUGUACUUUUGUCAUUUGAGUCUGGAGAAAAUUAUUGAGAUGUACAAAUGCUUGUGUAUUAUACAAAUAACAUGCAGCAGUCACUUCUUGCAGUAUUAGCGUAGCACAUGAACCGACUUAAAACACAUGAUACUUAAGCGUAUCACAUGGUAUUGGCAUAUAAACUGCGGCAUAAACACAAAUUGUGACAUAGUGAGAAAACCAUUUCCAAACUUUCUAGCCACAUCUAUACAAGGAUAACUCUACAGCUUGAGAAAAUAAAUGAAAUUGGGAAUAAUACAGAUAAUAGCGAACACCCAAUAACCAUAAAUAUGGUCAAUGCCUCUGUUCACGCUCCAGUCAUAUACAACCAAAGAUCAAAGUAACACACACUCAUGGAUGUAUGCAUGUUGUCUCUCUUCUCUGCAGGUUUACUUUAUCGUUCACUGAUAUGUCAAGAAGCAGACAAUAAUGUAUAUAAAAUAAAGGUAAUCAAAGGUG